AUGAUGAAUUGUUUAAUUCCAUUUCAAGUUCUCAAACCGGCAACAAUCAAUCAAGAACAUACAUCGUCGAAAUAUAUUGAACAAGUAAAACGGUCUCACCCAGAUAAUUUCUUCAAAAUUAUGGCUAAGAAAACCUCGUUCCGUGAUAUUAAAGUUCAAGAGCGCCAACGCAUUCAAUGGUUUAUCGCCAGUGAACGAUUAGAAAUUACUGUACAAGUCACAUUUACUCCAGAUGAUAGUCAUGGAAAAAUGGAAGUGCUGUCCUUGGGUAAUAAAGUUAGUGUGGAGAGAUAUACAAUCGAAGGUGAAUAUGAAACUUUAAGCAGUGGAAUAUUAACAAUAGAAGUGAAUAACGAAAAGGGACAAGUUGAUCGAGUGGUUUGGUUUCGUGUUAAACAGGCUUCAUUAUCGAAAUCUCAUCUUUUUGAGGGAAUUUUCAAUAUGAUAUACUCGUCAUCUUGCGGUGGAAACGAUCACACUGCUACUGAAAUAGAUGUGGCUACAGUUUUGGAGCGAGCUUUUCACUUUAUCGAUAGUCUUUUGAAUGGACGAAUGAAACUGAAGGAUAUGGUCGAUUUGAAGGCUAUUUUUUGCAACAAGAAUAUCAAUGUUCGUGAUGAAGUAAAAAAGUUAUUUUCCUAUCGUUUGAUAGCCAAUGCCAAUAGCCAAAAAGAACCGACAAUCAACGCUGAAGCUACAGAACAAGAAAUCGAACAAGUCUGUGAAUGGUUGCAGAUUUAUCAAUAUUACAGUUACAUCAAUAUUAUUGUCACUUGUGUACAGCGAUUCAACAUUAUUUCAAAUGAAAAUCCCGAUGAAACGAUUAAUUCAAUCAUACAGUUAAGUGAUGAAAACUGUUCGCUAAGAGAGAUUACUGAAAGGUAUCGAAAUCUCAAGCAACGAUUUCGAAAAUUAACCAAUCAACAUUUACAACUGAUCAAAGCAGCAUCCGAAUGUCCGAAUGUUAAUGAUGAAAAAAGCCGAGUUAUACACAACUCAUGGACGACGUCUAUUUCAAGAACUAAGAGAUAA